UGAGAGUAAACCCAAGAGUCUGUCCCCCCCUCUCUCUGCUAACUGUAAUUUAGGAACAGAGCCAUUCCAUCUUUAAAAGCCCAAGAGAAACAGUAUCACACAACAUUAUUUUCUCCUUAAAAGGGAAGCUUUUGAACAGGAAAAGGCUUUCCCACUACUUUCCGUUAUUAAAGAAGGAAACAAGGUUUCAAUGGAAACAGAGCUUUUGAAAACAAGGGAAACAGAGGAAUAAGAGAGAGAGAUAUAUAGAGAGAGAGCUUUGAGAAACGAGAGAAAGAGAAACGAUGAAGAUUGAAAGGCUUUCUCUUUUUCUUCUUUUAGUGUUGCUUGUCUUCUCAAUCUUGCAAAGACCCACCUUUGCUAGCAAAAAGUCUUAUAUCGUGUACUUGGGAGGGCAUUCUCAUGGGUUUUCAGCUUCUUCGAUUGACUACGAGCGAGUGACGGAUUCGCAUUAUGAGUUUCUGGGAUCUUUCUUGGGAAGUAAAGAAAAGGCGAAAGGCGCUAUCUUUUACUCCUAUACUAGACAUAUCAAUGGUUUUGCUGCAAAUCUCAAAGACGAAGAAGCAACAGAGAUAUCGAAACGGCCGGAAGUCUUGUCUGUUUUCUUAAACCAAGGAAGGAAAUUACACACAACUCGGUCAUGGAAUUUUCUUGGGCUAGAGAGAGACGGUGUAAUUCCUGCAAGAUCGAUAUGGCGAAAAGCAAGAUUUGGAGAAGAUACAAUCAUCGGGAAUCUCGACACUGGAGUGUGGCCAGAAUCGGAGAGCUUUAACGAUGAUGGAAUGGGACCAAUUCCAUCAAGAUGGAAGGGAAUAUGUCAGAAUGACACCCAAGUUGGAGUUCGUUGUAACAGGAAGCUGAUCGGGGCCAGAUAUUUCAAUAAAGGCUACGAGGCUUAUGGGGGUGUAAUCAACGCGUCCACAUCCUCCGCACGUGACACCGAAGGCCAUGGGACCCACACUCUAUCAACGGCCGGUGGUGGCUUUGUCCCCAGUGCGAAUAUCUACGGCUAUGCUAACGGGACAGCGAAAGGUGGGUCACCCAAUGCACGUGUGGCCGCUUAUAAGGUCUGCUGGGAGCCGAUCAACGGUAGUGAAUGCUUCGAUGCAGAUAUCAUAGCUGCAUUCGAUACAGCCAUCCAUGAUGGGGUUGAUGUACUGUCCGUAUCUCUUGGUGGGGACCCCAGCACUAGUUUUUUCAACGAUGGCGUGGCCGUCGGAUCAUUCCACGCCGUUAAAAAUGGGAUCGUGGUCGUUUGUUCGGCUGGGAAUUCAGGGCCCACUCCAGGUACGGCCUCAAACACAGCACCGUGGAUCUUGACGGUGGGGGCCAGCACCAUGGAUAGGGAGUUCCCAUCCUACGUUCGGCUCGGGAACAACAUGCAAUACAAGGGACAAAGCCUUUCCAAUGAAGUCCUACCAGAGAAGUUCUAUCCUCUGAUCAGCUCCGUCGAUUGCAAGCCUUCCAACUCGACGAGUCAUGAUGCACAACUGUGUUACAUUGGAUGCCUUGAUCCCAACAAAGUGAAAGGAAAGAUCGUGGCCUGUCUUCGUGGUAUUAAUGCAAGAGUAGAGAAAGGUGAAGCCGUCCGUCAAGCUGGUGGGGCUGGGAUGAUCCUGGCCAAUGAUCUAGCCAGUGGAAAUGAAAUCCUAGCCGAUGCCCACGUCCUCCCAGCCACACACAUCUCAGCCACUGAUGGGAUUGCUGUGUUCGCCUACAUUAAUUCAACAAAGGAGCCUGUGGUGUACAUUACGGGUCCCACUACAAAUCUCAACACGAAACCUGCACCGUUCAUGGCUGCCUUCUCAUCUCAAGGUCCCAGUCCCGUCUCGCCCGAGAUCCUUAAGCCGGAUAUUACAGCACCAGGGCUGAGUGUUCUUGCUGCAUAUAGCGGAGUAUCGAGCCCAACGACCCUGGCUUUUGAUUCACGUCGGGUCCUUUUCAACGUUGUAUCUGGAACGUCCAUGUCAUGUCCUCAUGUUUCUGGGAUUGUGGGCCUUCUCAAGACUCUACAUCCUGACUGGAGCCCAGCAGCUAUUAGAUCUGCAAUCAUGACCACUGCAAGAAGUCGAGAUAACAUGAGAGAGCCCAUGAACAAUUCCUCCUUCAUCAAGGCCACACCUUUCAGCUAUGGCUCCGGCCACAUUUGGCCUAACCGUGCGAUGGACCCUGGCCUAGUCUACGACCUGACCACCGAAGAUUACGUCCACUUCCUAUGCGCCCUUGGCUACAAUGCAACCCAAAUUGCAAUGUUUACAGACCACUCUUACUCAUGCCACCCUACCAAGAUGUCCAGCAUCCUAGAUCUCAACUACCCUUCGAUCGCGGUCCCUUAUCUCAUCACCUCCACGACCAUCAAACGAACAGUCAAGAACGUUGGCUCACCGGGCACUUACACGGUCCGUGUUGAUGCACCCAGAGGCGUAUCAAUGUCGGUUGAGCCGACUAGCCUGGUUUUCGAAAGGACAGGCGAAGAGAAGACAUUUACAGUUAAGCUGACAGCCAAAAGGCAUUUGGGCAGUGAUUAUGUUUUUGGGAGGCUUAUAUGGUCUGAUGGUGUGCACUAUGUGAGGAGUCCAAUUGCAGUCUCAUCUACAAGCAUAUAAAAGAAAAGGGUUUGAUCUUUUGGUCUUGAUGACUCGAGUCGUGGUUCGAUUAUGUAAGGGUGGUGGUUGGGUUGCUCUUGACUAAAAUUAGGUUUUUUGUUUUUUGUUUUUUGUUUUUUUUUGGGUCAUUUUGCCUGUGUGGUGACUAAGGAUUGCCAACAUGGGUUGCCCCAUAGGACCCACAUGAUCUAUGAUUAGAGUCGUCCAUAUUCUCAUUGCUACCAUAAGCUAUGGUCUAAUAAUCAGGCUUUAAGAUGGUACUGAGUCCUGGCCUUCGUUUUUAGAAGUGGAAUGUGAACCCCUGAAAACUUUCAGCAAGUGUUCUACAUUCAUCUAUAUAGUUAGAAUCAUCCAUUCAGCUUAAUUCUAUUAAGGUGGGCCAUAUAGAAUAGCAUCCAAUGCUGGUGAGGCAAUCUCAAGUUGGCAAUCUUUAAGUCAUGAGAAAACAUUUUUAUUUUGUAACCGUAGCGGAAUAACUGCAAUGGAAGAGGCUGUUGAUUGGCGAAAGAUGGUUGAUUAUAGAUAAUUAUAAUAAUUAAGUGAAGGGAUGAGAAUUCAUACCAUGCAUUUGUCU